UUAUUACUUAUUUAGCAAUUUAUAAAAUGCAUCCAACCCCACAAUUUCUGGGUACUGGUAACAACACUUUGAACAAUACAUAUAAUUUAAUAAUAUUUAUUUAAAUAAACUCCAAAAUGUUACUAAGGCAACCUUACAAAAUCAUCACAAAAAUUUACCAGGCCAAUUUACAAAUUCUGCUUGCCUACCCUUUAGCAUGAUAAUGAAAAUAAGUUAGUGAUAUUUUACUGGGAAAAAAAGAAAGAAAAUUAUUAUUGGCCCUAGGGCAAGUGAGGGAGCAAAUUUUGCAAGGCUGUGUUUAAUCUCUCUACACUCUCAACCACCACAAUUAGUUCCUUCUGCUACAGCCAUACCUGCUUACAAUGGAGAAUUGAAAAGCCUGAGAUUUUCCUCUCUGCUGAUCACCUCAACCACCCCUCCCCCACAGUUUCUCUCUGCUUUUUGAGAGAGACAGCAAAUGAAUUUACAUUAAAAACAAAACAAAUCUGGCAAAAAAUAAACUACCAUUAAGUAAAUUUAGAGAAGAGUUCUGCUCAAGAACUGUUUUUGUGUAGGGCCUGUAGUGUCUGUCGUCUGUCAUAACUUCUAUUCAACAUCACUUUCACAAUGUGGCACUAACUGCCAACCUAGGGUGCAGCCACAUUACAGAAGUUUUUUGGGGGGGUGAACGAUCAGAAUUAAUAACGAUAAUUUAUUCUUUGUAUUAGUUCAUUAGUCACACUAAGGGGGGAAGAAACAAGAGAGCACAGAGUGUGUGGAUGGGGGUGGAACCGGUACACUACAGUGGCGGUAGGAAUGACUCCUGCAGUCAUACUGAGGACAGCAACAAGAUAGUAACAAGAUUGGGGGGGGGGGGGAAUUGGGCGUGUUGCGGGAAUGUAUUAGUGCAGCAGUCACAGCAAGGGGCAGGUAAAACGGCUCCGAUGAGCCACAGCCCCACCCGUAUGAGCCUUUAUAGGCAGGUCUGAAAAACCCCAAAUGCCUGCAAGGAGGCUGGCCUGCGGCUACACACAGGUCAUUGCACAGACAACACGGAUAACACCCGACUCAGGGGUGCCAGGGGGUGGUGUGUUGGGCCCUUGCUCCAACGGUGAGGGCCUGGCUACCCGGGCGGGAGAGGGUGUCCCUCAGGGGCCCAGGCAGGCCCGAGUUGCCGCUCUCUGUGCUGGAGCAGCGCCCCCACGCAGCCUAGUCCGGCAAGCUCGCACAUCAGGUGGCAAAGACACUGGAGUCUUCCGGCUCGCGCCCGCUCGCUCCCUCACACACACGCGCAGACGAGGGAAGCGGCCCACCCUUCCCUGAGCCGGCCUCUGCCUCGCGCACGCUUUGUCUGGGUAUUGGUUAGAACCGUUGGAGGGUCGGAACUCCACCGUUGCUCACGUUCCACUGGCGACCCAUGAGGCACCGCGAGGUAGCCCGGACCCAGGCCUUCUCCACAGGGAGGUACAGCGCGCCUGCGCGCGGGCCUUGCUGGAUUGUCUAUUUGCCUGCAGACUGCUGUCCUCAGUGUGCUGCCUCUGUAUGGUCUCCAGCGAGCCCCUGCUGCUGCCUGUGUCACUGGAGGGCGAGUUCUCCAAUAGCAUGAAGGAGAUGAUCGGCGGCUGCUGCGUGUGCUCCGACGAGAGGGGCUGGGCCGAGAACCCGCUGGUUUACUGCGACGGGCACGGCUGCAGUGUCGCAGUGCAUCAAGCUUGCUAUGGAAUUGUUCAAGUACCUACUGGACCUUGGUUUUGCAGGAAGUGUGAAUCUCAGGAAAGAGCAGCCAGAGUGAGAUGUGAAUUAUGCCCUCAUAAGGAUGGUGCUUUAAAGAGAACAGAUAACGGGGGUUGGGCUCAUGUGGUUUGUGCCCUGUACAUUCCCGAGGUGCAGUUUGCAAAUGUUUCUACAAUGGAACCUAUCGUGUUGCAGUCUGUUCCUCAUGAUCGUUAUAAUAAGACGUGCUAUAUUUGUGAUGAACAAGGAAGAGAAAGCAAAGCAGCAACUGGUGCUUGCAUGACAUGUAACAAACAUGGAUGUCGACAAGCUUUCCAUGUAACAUGUGCACAGUUUGCAGGACUUCUUUGUGAAGAAGAGGGUAAUGGUGCCGAUAAUGUCCAAUACUGUGGCUACUGUAAAUACCAUUUUAGUAAGCUGAAAAAGAGCAAACGGGGAUCUAAUAGGUCAUAUGAUCAAAGUUUAAGUGAUUCUUCCUCUCACUCUCAGGAUAAACAUCAUGAGAAGGAGAAAAAAAAAUAUAAAGAAAAAGACAAACACAAACAAAAAUACAAGAAGCAGUCUGAGUCUUCACCAUCUUUGGUUCCGUCUCUUACUGUAACUACAGAGAAAACUUACACAAGCACUAGCAACAAUUCUAUGCCAGGCUCCUUGAAGCGGUUGGAAGAUACCACAGCUCGAUUUACAAAUGCAAAUUUCCAGGAAGUCUCUGCACACGCUUCAAGUGGAAAAGAUGCUUCAGAGACUAGAGGGUCAGAGAGCAAAGGGAAGAAAUCUGCAGGUCACAGCUCAGGUCAGAGGGGAAGAAAGCCUGGUAGUGGAAGGAAUCCAGGAACAACCGUGUCAGCUGCUAGUCCUUUUCAGCCAGGCAAUUUUUUGGGGACUCCUGGCAGUGUAAAAUCAUCUUCUGGAAGUUCAGUUCAAUCUCCCCAGGAUUUUUUGAGUUUUACAGAAUCAGAUCUGCGUAAUGACAGUUACACUCAUUCCCAACAGACUUUGUCAACCAAAGAUGUACAUAAAGGAGAGAUGGGAAACCAGGAAGGGAGUGUGAAUUGUUUUAGUUCUUUAAUUGUUCUCCCGUCAGCCUCAGCCAUUGUUUCCCAGUCUAAAAACUUUGACAGCUCACUUGGAGACUUAGGUAAUACAAGCCUUACUUCAACAGGAUACAAGCGAGUCCAAACUUCUGGGAUAGAGGAAGAGACUGUAACAGAAAAGAAACGGAAAGGAAAUAAACAAAAUAAACAUGGGCCUGGUAGGCCCAAAGGAAAUAAAAGUCAGGAGAGUAUUUCCCACCUAUCAGUUUCUUCUGCUUCUCCAACGUCAUCUGUGGCAUCUGCUGCAGGAAGUGCAACAAGCUCUAGUCUUCAAAAGUCCCCAACAUUGCUCAGGAAUGGAAGUUUACAAAGUCUUAGUGUUGGAUCAUCUCCAGUUGGUUCAGGUAUUUAUAGCAGCAAUGAUGUAGCAGUAUCAUUUCCUAAUGCAGUAUCUGGCUCAGGAUCUAGCACUCCGGUUUCCAGUUCUCAUUUACCUCAGCAGGCUUCUGGUCACUUGCAGCAAGUGGGGGCUUUGUCACCUUCAGCUACACCUUCUGUAACCACAGUUGUUGCUACAACUCAGGCAAACACCCUACCUGGAUCUUCCCUCAGUUUGCCUCCAUCCCACAUGUAUGGCAAUAGGCUGAAUCCUAAUUCAGCAAUGGCAGCACUUAUAGCUCAGUCUGAAAACAGUCAAGCAGAUCAAGAUCUUGGAGAUAAUACUCGCAGCCUUGUUGGCAGGGGAGGUUCACCCAGAGGAAGUCUCUCACCUCGAUCUCCUGUAAGCAGCUUACAGAUUCGCUAUGAUCAGUCAGUGAACAGCAGUGUGGAAAAUUUGCCCCCGGUAGCUGCCAGCAUUGAACAGCUUUUGGAGAGGCAGUGGAGUGAAGGACAGCAAUUUUUGCUAGAACAGGGCACCCCUAGUGACAUUCUGGGAAUGCUGAAGUCAUUACACCAACUUCAAGUUGAAAAUCGACGGUUAGAGGAACAGAUUAAGAACCUGACUGCUAAAAAGGAGCGCCUCCAGCUAUUAAAUGCACAGCUUUCAGUUCCCUUUCCAACAAUAACUUCAAACCCUAGCCCAUCUCAUCAAGUACAUGCAUUUCCAGCACAAGCUGCACAUAGCACUGAUUCCUUGAACAGCAGUAAAAGCCCUCAUCUGGGAAACAGUUUUUUACCUGACAAUUCUCUCCCUGUAUUAAACCAGGAGAUAACCUCCAGUGGACAAAGUACCAGCAGUUCAUCAGUUCUUUCCACUCCACCACCUGCUGGGCAGAGUCCCGCUCAGCCAGGCUCAGGAGUUCAACAGGUCAAUGGUGUGACAGUGGGGGCACUAGCUAGUGGUAUGCAGACUGUAACAUCCACCAUUCCUGCAGUGCCUGGUGUGGGUGGAAUAAUUGGAGCAUUGCCAGGUAAUCAGCUGGCAAUCAAUGGAAUUGUAGGGGCUUUAAAUGGGGUGAUUCAGACCCCUGCCACAAUAUCCCAGAAUCCUUCUCUCACUCAUGCGGCUGUCCCACCUAAUGUAACACAUCCUCUGCCAACAACACUAAAUAACAGUGCCUCCGGACUAGGAUUACUUCCUGACCAACAGAGACAACUUCUGCUCCAUCAACAGCACCAGCAAUUUCAGCAGUUACUGAGUACUCAACAACUCACAUCAGAACAACAUCAGGCCCUUCUGUAUCAGCUAGUGCAGCAACAGCACCAUCAACACCAGCACCACCAGCCUGAAGUGCAGCAAUUGCAGAUCCCAGGAGCAGCACAGAUGCCCAUAAAUAACCUGCUUUCAGGCACUCAAGCAUCACCCCUUCAUACAACUACUACCAACCCAUUUCUUACAAUUCAUGGGGAUAAUGCAAGUCAAAAAGUGACAAGGCUUAAUGAUAAAACUGGAUCGGUUGCAUCUGAAAAAAGUUGACCUUUUGAAUAAUAUUUGAGAACUGCAUAUCCUGCUGUUAUAGCACUUCAUCUAGCUGCGAACUGCAGAUCUUCAUUUCUGCAGAUAUGAAGAAAUGCAACAAGGACCUAACUGCACAGCAAAGAAUUAAUCUUCAUAAGGACAUUCUUCUAAGGCUUUGAUCUAUUUUCUUGUUGCACUGAAAUGGAGCUACUUUUUCAGAUUUAACAGACACUGCAAGAAAUUAAAUUCCGCAAACCAUAAUUAUUUUGUCAGUAUGACAAUACUAAGUACAACUACACAUUCAGCCCUGGAAAAUAUUCUACUUGAUGCUCAAGUAGCAGUUCUUAUUAUAAAGCUGGAGGGCUAGUAAACUGAAAAUACUUAUUCCAGUCACACAUUACUUGAUUUCAGAACAGGAAUCUUAGCAAACAAACCAACCUUAUCUCUGCUGCAAUUGCAAAUGCUUUCAGACCCAGGUUGUAAUUAGCAAUGUGGAUUUACUGUUAGGGGUGUGUGGCUUUUUAAAACAUGUUGGAAUCUGACUCAUGAUAUAAAGAAUCCAAUUCUGAACUUGUCACACCAUCAAAUUUCUACUGACUGUAGAGUGAAUUUUGCCAGAAUAAGAUUUUCAGGGUAGAGUCCAAAGGUUAUUAACGUUCAUUUGGGUUUUGGGAGUUCUAAGGUUGCUGGACAAACCAGAUCAGUUUAAAUGGAUUUUUUUUUUUUUAAACUAGAUGAGAAGGCCAUUUUGGAAAGUACUGGUAGUGUUUGGCCUAAACUAAGUGCCUGUUGCUACCUCCAUUGUGUUGAAAUGGCUGCAAACAGCUGAGCAUGCACUAAACAAGUCCUUGUAAGCAGCAGAAAUAUUCAACAUUGCACCAGCAGCCUUCCCCAUUGUUCUGCCUUUAUUAGAAGUGUUAAUGCCACUGUAGAUAGCUCAGGCAAAUUGUUACCUGGGUCACUUUUUUCACUAAUAAAUUACCAAAAAAGUGAGUAGAUAUUUAAACAUUUCCCAAUGAAAUAUACCAGUGGUUGAAACGGGUGAACUUAUUGUUAGAACAUUUUCACUUAGGAUAGAUGAUUUCAUGGCAGUGUGGUAGAGUGUAGAUAAAAAUUGGGGUAAUGACCACUAAUCUGUAUUUAGAAAUGUAAAUUAUUAGUGAAAAACAACCCAGCUGUAAUUAGACCUCCACUGUGUACUUAAUUGGAAGAACAUGUUAAUUCUGCAAUAUGUCUCUUGGUUAAACAUUGCACAGUUCUUACCUCAUUUCUGUAAAUAAGGUUUUUGUGAAUCUGUUUUGUAUUGUGAGGAAUUCAUAAGAAAACAUUGAUAUUUUGAUUUGUAAUAUUUCUAAUUGGUAGAUUUAAUCAAAUAAUUUAUUUUUAUAUGUUCAGGGGGAUUUUAAAAAAUUGUCACAAAUCACUUUUGUAGAUACUUUACAAAAGUAAAUCAGUGUGGUUUAUUUUACUUAUUUAACCCACUGGUUAAUAUUCUGUAACAAUUUGUACAAAUGAUAAAAUUAAAAUGGGCUGUUAUUUUGCUUAGAUGUAAAAUUCCAAGAGUAUGAAAAGAUAUGUACAGAGCUUUUGUUAAUAAAUUUUAAUAAUGUUCAUAGUGGUACACUUCACAGCUGUGUGAGAGAGAUUCUUAUAGAAAUUGGAGGAUAUUCUGUCCUUCCAGUUCUAUUAAUUUCCAUGAUUGGCUGGAUUUUAGUACUUGUUGCUACUGUAAUAAUCAGAUAUCAAAUUAUACUAAAGUUAUUAUU